CAGCACAAUGCCGGUGAACACAACAUUCAUUUCAACAGCUAAUAUGAGUACUGCUGUAGCUCAGCUUAGCAACUGGCUUACCAAUCAGGCUAUUAAUGUCCCUGUGGGUUGGAUUGACGCGUGUGUUGCCUGGCUUGCUGAGGAACACGGAGGUAUUGAUGCAUGUAGUCAUCUUACCAAAUCUGAUUGGUGUCAACUAAUAUACGAACAAUGGCUUCAUUCUGAUUUGAAACAGUUAGCGUGUCCAGUCCUGCCUCCGUGUGUAUCUACUGUUGGAAAUCUGAAUGUUAAUCUGAGAAACAGUUGUACCAAUGCAAAUAAUGGUGGGUCACCUGCCCUCAAGUUGGAUGGUGAGCUUUGUUUACAGGUUGUCAAUCUGUUCAACAUUGGUGAAUCGUUUUAUGGCCAGUUAAGACGAUAUGAGGGUAAUUUAAGCAUCAAUUUACCAUCAUUGGAAGUGGAUGGAGAUGAUAAUCCUGAUGGCAAUACAACUCAAAUGACACAAGCUUAUAGUCAAUACCUUAAUCAGAGUACAACUCAAAUGAACAAUAUUCGACAGUCUACAAUAGCCAACUGUGUAACACUGAUUCUUACUGAUGGUGUGCAUGAAAUCAAAGCGAUUGAAUUCGGUAGUCGAUCUUCAGGACCACGAUCUUCUAGUUUAUCUUUCAGGGAAUUAUCACAAAAGUUUCGUCCAGGUGUUAAAAUUCGUCUACGUGGACCACUACUUCUACGUAAUAAUGUUCUUCUUGUUCCUCCUGGCGCUAUACAAUCAUUGUCAAGUCAUCAUUUAGAAGUUUUAGGUGGUGAGGUUGAUGAACUCUUAGAAAAGUAUGAAGAAAAUACAAUGAAUGAACUUGGUAAAUUGUUAGCUGGUAAAUUAAAUAUACCACUGAAUGAUAAUGACAGUCUUCCCUCAUGGUUUCCUCGUUUAACAUCACAAGUUCGAAAUUCUAUUGGUGAUUCUUUACCAACCUCAGAAGUAACUGUUAGACAGCCUAAUCCUGUCUCAAAUCCCCAACGAGCAUUUCAAAGCUCUGAGAAUAAUAAACAUAUUCGGAACCAAGAUACUGCCAAUCGGUUAGCACCAUCGAACUCAGCGUCUGUUGGUGGUGGUAAUAUUUCUCUGGAGUUAUGGGAUGAUGAAACAUUUGAUGAUGCAAUAUUGACUCAUGCUGCUCAAUCUAUGGAGAGACAGCUGAAUAGUACAACAGAUGGCCUACCAAAUUUUAGACAGUCUACCCAUUUAUUCAACGAUCCACUUCGACUACCAAGUAUUGUACCCCAAGAACAACAACAACAACAUUCUAGUCAAUCAGAUUUGAGUAUUAGUGAAGAUAAUACGUUGAUAAACCGAAGUGAUGGUGAUCAGCCUCAUGAUUUCGCUGAUGACAUUGGUGAUAAUGUUGAUAAUGAUCCAUUUUUAGAAGAUCAAGUUGAUCCAGAUAUCUUAGCUUCAGCUUUAGCUGAGUUAGAUCACCAACCGGUUAUUGAACAUGUUGAAUCCCUAAAAAUUAAUCAACAAAAAGUAACUGAAAUAAAAUCGUUUCAUUCUAUGACAAAAACAACACCUGGAAUACCAUCUUUACAGUUACCGUCAUCAUCAUCGUCAUCGUCGUUAUCAGUAAUAACUAAGAGUUUUGCACCAAAUCAAUUACCGAGAUUACAAUCAGAGCCAAAGCAAAGUUUAAAACAAACACUUCUAAAUUUACAGUCACGUAAUCGAAUGAGAAAUGAAACAAUCACAAACAACUCUUCUUUGAAUACAAUGCCAAUUAAAACGUGCACAAUGGAGCCAGUAAAAUCAAGUUGUAUAAAAGUGAAUACUAAUAUUGAUGGCAGUGAAGAUCUUUUACCUCCUGCGCCUAAACGUAAACAACUUGACUUGAAACAAACUAAUUGUGUUACAAUCAGCAGUAAUCUUAAAAAUGCAUCACAACCUACAUCUUCUUCAUCCAACCUGUCAAGUGUUUUAAAGUUGACAGAUGAAAAAUAUAAGUCGUCAAUUCAGAGGUUUAGUGAUGUUGAUGAUAACACUGAUGCUCAGUGUAGUCUUAGUUACCACCAGUCUUCCAAUUCAUUGGAGAGAAAUUACCAAUUUCAGCCUUUUUGCUAUAUUCAAGAUAUGUAUCAGAAUCUACUUAAAAGCAAUGUUAGUAGUAGUAGCAGUUCAAAUUCUACUGGUGCUGUUUACACAAUACGUGGUUUACUUAUCAGUCUUUUAUCGUCUUUGGAACAUCAUCAUGGAACUAAAUGGACGUUAGCUGUACGAAUUACAGAUGGUAGUGCAAUCGUUGACUUAGAUGUUCUUUCUGAUUUACUAACUGAAUGGAUUGGUUUAACUCCUCAUGAAAGUGAAUCAUUAAGACAAAUGAGUCGAAUUGACCCAAACUCUUCUAAUUCACAUGCAGUUCAAGAGGCACAGAAGCAUCGUCACCGUUUGCGUACAGCUUUAACAAAUUUUCAAGAGUUUUUAUCACAUCUAGGCGGUUUAUUCACUGUUACACAAGCUGCCUGUACAGUAUCUAAUGAUAAAAUGACAGCGAGUAUAGGAAACAAGGAUAACACUUCUACAUCAUGUUCUGAUAACAACAAAUAUAACAUUAAUGAAAAUAAUGAUAAUAAUAAUAAUGUUGACAAACCUAUUCGACCUGUUUUGAUUGGUUACAGUGAACUGGAUAAUUGUUGGUUAGAAGAAUUAAAGAACAGAGUGAAUAUUCAUUACGGUGACAAGAAAUUGCUUCAGAAGGUGUUCAAAUGAAGUCUUGUUUACUUUAUACACAAAGAAAAGAUGUAAAACAAUAUACUGUACAUAAUACAAUGUGAUGUUUUCUUUGCUGAAUUAUUUUGUUGACUUUUCUAGUGUGUUUUAAUCCAACACCUUACUAGACUUUUUCAAUUUUCUGGUAACUAGUAUUAUUCAAUUGUGAAAGUGUUCAUAGCUUCAUAAUACUAGUUUUCAUACUGUGUACAUACAUACAUAUACAGUGUUCGGCUGAUGAAGUUUAUAGAAUCAAACGUCUCUACUGAUUAAAUUCAUCAGUAAAUCGAAUUCCAAACGUUUUAGAGAUGUACUGUUGCUUGUGAAAUGUAAGUAUCGGCAAUAGUCAAUAUCAUUGACCAACUGUUUACCAGAGGGACUUACUUUUUAUAAUAGCCACAGUGGCCAUCGAAUAUUGAACAAUUAUUUGCUCAGUACUUUUCUGUCAGUUCAAUCACUCAUAUAUUUUUCAUGUGAUACACCCAUUUACAAUAUGGUCAGUGAAUAGGACCCUUAAUAGUCGGUUUGUAUUGUGUUGUUUCUUGGAUGUUAACUAUAUGGAGGAAUUUCGCUUUGUAUGUCUGGUUCAUAUCCUUAAAACCAAAACUUCAUAGCUUACACAGUUUCAGUUUCACACUGUUUUAAAGUUUGUAACUUAUGAUUGAGUAUAAAAACUG